CCAAACUACUCGACAUGGUGUCAGACGUCAAGGGCUAUUUAGUUUCAACUUUUAGUUCAAGCAGUCCGGCUCAAGUACAGCUGUGACUUCCAAAAUUCUAAACACCACCAUCUGUCCCCACUGCUUAGGAAGUCCAGAAGCAUGGCACACCGUGUGAAGUUGCGAAGCGAUGACUUCGAUGUCAUCGGAGCCGUGCCGCGUGAUCUUUCGGUGAUAAAGAACUUCCUGAAACGCGACUGUGCUGUCAAGCGGCUGAUCGACAUCGAAGAGGAGUUCCUUCAGCAGUGUGUGGAACGGGGCGAGGACCCCACGGUGCCAAGGAAGAAGAAAGAUAACGAAGUCGUCCGGCGAGGUAGUUCACAGGGAUCCAAGGCACCAGAGCCAACAGAUGCAGCGGCGGUCUACUGUGACCCAUGUCGGAGGCUCAAAACAUCCGUGGGUCUCGAGGAGCUCACUAUGCCGGCCACUACAAAUCCUGUGUUCAACAAAGCUCUUCCGCCGUAUUUUGACGAAGAGACUGUGAUGGGCAACUCAUUGCCUGUAAAGUUUCGCUUCCGGCGCAAGUUUAAUCCCUGCGACCAGGAGAAGCCCAACAAUCUUUUGUGCACCACCACUCCGAGCACUAACGUCGUGGUGCUGACCAAUUGCUGCGAUGUGAUGGCGUGGCCCAGCCAGCGUGUGGCACAGAUGAACCGUGUGCCUGUGACCAUUUUGACGGGUGAAGCCGAUCUCACCGAGUACAUGUUGGAGGAAGAGACCAUUAUGUGAGGAGGAAUGAGCGCCAAAUAAGGACGAUGGUUUGAAAUAAACUAGAAAAGCAUAUUCCUCA